AUGCCGACCACCCCGGACAUCGUGCUGGAGGGCGACGGCGGCGGAGGGGCCGAGAAGCCUGAGGAGGACGCCCAGGCCGCUGGAGACGACGUGGCGGCGGGGGAGACUGUGGGUGUUGCUGACGACUCUGAUCCGGCUGAUGAGAAGCCCGAGGAGGGCGCUGGCGGCGCUGGGUUGCAGUCGAAUGAGGAGGGCGCUGACGCUGUGGAUGAUCCCGCAGGCCUGGGUGCUUCCCUGGCUGAUGUCGGUUCCGACCAGACUAGUCAGGGGAUUCAUGAUGGUGCUGACGAGGCUGAUCAAUUUGGACUCGGUGCACAAGACGAUGCUCCUCUUAUUGUGGAUAGUGAUAUCGCGGUUAGUGAUUAUGGGGUGGAUGCUCAGGAUGAGGACGGGGCGCCAAUGGAUGCGGUUGCUGCAACCGAGUUAAUUGAUAGGGAUGCAGAGCUUGUCAAAGAAGACGAUGAUGUUGCAGAGGAGGGCACAGAGGUGGAUACACAUCCCUCAACUGGAAAUGACGAUGGAGAGGAAGCGGUUGCAGCAGCAAUGGAUGCUCAGGAUGAGGGGAGGCAGAUGGAUGCAGUUUCCAUCAGUAGAGAUGUCGAUGAGGAGAAAGCUGCCGGUGCGGUUGGUGUUAAUGCCACAGGUGAGGACAUACAGGUGGAUGCAGUUGACCCGACUGUAGUUGAUAGUCAGGAAAAGGAGAUCUCUUCAGCUGGUGAUGAUGGUGCAGGUGAGAAGGGCACGGCUGGAGUUGAGGGUGAAAAAGAUGUCACGGCUGCCCAAAAUGUUGCUGAAGAAGCUGAACUCGACAUGAUUGAUAAUGUUGUUGCAGAGGAGGUCACAGAGAUGGAUAUUCUUGCCUCAACUGGAAAUGGCAAUGAGGAUGAAGGGAUCGUAACAGCUGGUGAUGCUUCUGCAGAUGCGGGGACGUCGAUGGAUGCAGUUUCCAUCAGUAGAGAUGUCAAUGAGGAGAAAUGUACCGAUGCAGCUGGUGUUGGUUCCACAGAUGAGGACAUGCAGGUAGAUGAAGGCGGAGAUCAGGAAAAAGAGGCUGGUGAUGAUGUUGCAGAUGAGGAGGGUGUUGAAAAACAUGUGGUUACUAUGACUGGAGAAGAUGAAGAAGAUGAUAUGGCUGAGCAAAACAUCGCUGAAGAGGCUGACAGUGUUCCGGAAGAAGUUGACUUGGCUGGUGAUGUACCUGAAGAAGAGGAUGUGCAGAUAUAUGAGGAUGACGAUGAUGACGAACCUCCACCGUUGGCACGAAGAGGUGUAGGGCGCCCAAAACGAGGUCGUGCAUCUUCGAAGGCUCAGGCUGUGGUGAAGCCAUCUGUUAAAAGGAAGGAUGAGGAGGAGGUGUGCUUCAUUUGCUUUGAUGGUGGUGAACUUGUGAUUUGUGAUCGUAGGUUUGUGCGACAGCUAUGUUAUUUUUCAUUUGCCAUUAAAAAAUACACAACUAUGUUACAGCUGUUGACUGCUCAUUUUGUGUCCUCAGGUUUUGUCCCAAGGCUUAUCAUCCUUCUUGUAUUAAUCGGGAUGACGAUUUCUUCAAGUCAAAGGGCCAAUGGACUUGUGGGGUGGCACAUUUGUAGCAACUGUCAGAAGCCUGCUCGCCAAAUGUGUUACACAUGUACCUUCUCGUUAUGUAAAGUGUGCAUUAAAGAGACAAACUUCAUCUCUGUCAGAGGAACUAAAGGCUUCUGUGAGACAUGCCUGAAUACUGUGAUGCUGAUAGAGAACAAAGAGGAGGCAACUGAGCAAAUGGAUGUAGAUUUUGAUGACAAAGAUAGCUGGUGGUCUUUGUUCAAGGAUUAUUGGCUGAAUUUGAAAGAGAAGUUACCAUUGCCAUAUGCAGAAGUAUCAGCCGCUAGGCGUCUAAAUAAUAGAUCUCAUCUUAGUGAACUACCUGAAGCUAAUGAUGAAGAGGAGGCUAAUUCAGACAGUUCACCAAAAACGAGGGGAAAGAAGCGAUUAAAGCGUGCUGCUGACGAGGACAGCUCCAAAGGGAAAGGCACCACUCGUAAAUAUACUAAACAAGGCUCAGUUAGCCGUGAUGCUAAGCCUAAGAAGCCUAGAGGUGCAAAGGCUAGACAACUGUCAAAGCAUGCUUCAAGCAGUGAUCAUGGACCAAAAGAAUCUGAAAGUGUGGGGACAUCGACAUCCUCAGCUGAGGAUGCUAGUUGGGCCUCAAAGGAGCUCUUGGAUUUUGUUGCACAUAUGAGGAAUGGUGACAAAUCAGUGUUAUCUCAGUAUGAAGUUCAACGCCUUGUACUUGAGUAUAUUGCACGUGAAAAUCUGCGGGAUCCUCGCGGGAAAAGCAUGAUAGUUUGUGAUUCUUGGCUCCAAAGUCUCUCUGGGAAAGAACGUGUUGGGCAUUUUGAAAUGCUGAAGCUUCUUGAAUCUCAUUUUCCUUUGGCUGAGGUCUCACCAGCUGAUAUCGAUGGCAACCAUGGUGGUGUUGUAGACCCUGAUCCUAGCCAGGACGCUGAUGGUAACAGUGAAGCAUCAGUUGUGAUGAGUUCAGAAAAAAGAAGGAAAUCACGGAAGUAUGAUCACAGAGCUCUGCAAACGAACCUUGAUGACUUUGCCGCGAUAGACAACCAUAAUAUCGGCUUGAUAUACCUGCGUCGCAACCUAAUGGAAGAGUUGAUAGGUGAUGCUGACACAUUUAAUGAGAAGGUUCUUGGAGCAUUUGUGAGAAUACGUAUAUCUGGUACAGGUCAAAGGCAAGACAUCUAUCGACUUGUGCAGAUUGUCGGGACUGGAACAGCUGUUGAGAAGUAUAAAUGUGGGAAAAAGGCAACUGACAUAACAUUAGAGAUACUAAACUUGGACAAGAAAGAGGUUAUUACUAUUGACAUAACCUCAAAUCAAGAAUUCACUGAGGAGGAAUGCAAACGUUUACGGCAAAGCAUAAAGUGUGGAUUCAUUUCAAGACUGACGGUGGGAGAGAUUCAGGAGAAGGCAAGGGUUCUCCAGUCUGUGAAAGUCAAUGAUUGGAUUGAAAGUGAAAAGAUGCGUCUUGCGCAUCUUCGUGACCGUGCCAGCGAUAUGGGCCAUAGGAAAGAGCUUAGAGAAUGUGUAGAGAAGCUGAAGCUUCUAAGUACUCCAGAGGAGCGUGCUCGUAGGCUAAAGGAAGAACCUGAAAUACAUGCUGACCCCGCCAUGGAUCCGAAUUAUGAAUCUCCAGAAGAACCAGAGGAGGAUGCUGAGAGAAGUAGCUUCAGUAGGCCGAGAGGUUCUUUCUCUAGGAAAGAUAUCAAUCCAGUGUCUCCUGGUAAAGGAGAGGGUAGGAACGCUGCACGAGAUUCAAGAACUAACUGGGAGUCAAACCGAAACACAUGGUCAAGUACACAAUUGGAAUCGCCUCAUGGACGGAGAUCUACAUUUUCUUCUCAUGGUGAAAGUGCUGGUUACACAGGUAAAUCAGAGAGUCCAAACGUCAGUACACAAAAAGUUAAUGUGGAAGCCACGGCAGCUAAUACUCCACAUGGGCCAUCUGUUAUCUCAUCUCAAACUCUAACGGCUAAUUUAAUGUCGCCAACGCCAGCAUCACAGUCAACAGUCAAUGAGUCUGAAAAGAUAUGGCAGUACAUGGACCCCUCUAAUAAAAUCCAAGGCCCCUUUUCAAUAGUUCAGCUGCGCAAAUGGAACAGCAGUGGGUACUUCCCUCAUAAUUUGAAAAUAUGGAAGUCUAAUGAGAAGCAGGAGGACUCAAUAUUGUUGCCUGAUGCUUUGGCUGGGAAGUUUGAGAAAGACCUGCCUCCGUGGGAACCACCACUUGGUAGCUCUUCUCAAACGGACAGAGGUUACUUGAGAAGCAGCUCAGAUGUAGGUGCUAGACCCUCUGGUGACUCCCUUGUGGAAAGGACAAAAACCGGUGAACAUAUUUCAAAAUCAGCAGUUUUAAAUAAGUCACAGUCUUUCCCGGAUACAACAAAUCCUGGAACAACUGUGAUCCAGCCUGGCGCACAAAGUUAUUAUGGUACGCAGAAUCCUCAGGCAGCUUUUGCAAGCCAACAAUCUCUCAUUGAAAGUUGGAAUGCAUCCUCAAGUCAGUUUGGUGCUGCAGUAAAUCCUAUGGCACUUCCUCAGCCAACCAUAGGAGGAGGCUUUUCAGGGCAGAAUAAUGCGGUUGCAGGAAAUGUAGGUCAGCUGACUCCUGUACCAGCUCCUGCAACAGUGGGCACAGAAAUAGUUAAUUCGCAGUCUUCAGGUGAUGAUCGUGGACUAGCUCAGCCCGGAGCUGCGCCAUCAAACACUCAGCAAUUUGAAGAUGCAAGGAACCAAUCAACCGACGCCUCCAACACGACACAGCUGAUGACACAUGCACAAGUGGCAAACACAUCUGGCCAAGCUCAGGGGGCUGGAAAUACGAACUGGGGAUCCACACUUCAGAGUAAUGCAAACAUGGCCUGGGGAAUGAUGGGACAGACUAAUAUGAACAUGCCCUGGCCAGCACAAGGUGCCGCCAGCUACAACAUGGGUAUGACCAUGCCAACACAGCAAAAUGCAGUCCAAAACAUGGGCUGGGUCACACCAAAUCCAGGAAACACCAACUUGAAUAUGGCGUGGGCUACAAAUCAAGGCCAAGGGACUCCAAAUGCAGCUGCUAUGAUGGGAGCUCAGAUGCAAGGAGUUGCGAUGGCCCCUUGGGGCGGUGCCAUUGCGCAAGGAAAUGCAAAUUCUUAUCCUGGUUGGGUGCCCCAAGUUGGAAACGCAAGUCAAAAUGCCGGUGGCUGGAGUGCUCCUCCGCAGGGAAAUUCAGGUCCUAACCCUGUAAAUGGCACAGGCCAGGGGAAUAAUAACGUGAACUGGAAUUCACCAAGUGGGAACCCGACAUGGAACAACCAGCAGGAUUUUAAUGGUGGUGGCUCGCGUGGGAGGUCAUGGAGGCCUCAGUCUGGGGGUCGGGGGUCACGGCCGCCGUGCCAUGUCUUCCAGAGGUCUGGUCGCUGCAACAAAGAGCAUUGCUCCUAUUCCCAUACGCCAGGAGACGAGGGAUAUUCACAGAGAAACGAUCGCCACUUUGAUAGGCGGCCUUCGAGCAACGAGAGACCUCAGCAUGACAGGCGGCCUUCGAGCAACGAGAGACCUCAGCAUGACAGGCAAAACGAUAAACAUUUUGAUCGUCAAGUGUCAGGCAGCGAGAGGCAGCAGGAUAGGCCCAACAGCAGGCAGAGCGGCUGGGAUGGCUGGGAUAACGGUGGGAAGGCUGAUAGGUCAGAAUCAAAAGAGGGGCAGUAG